AUGGCAGUUACGAUGCUCAUAGUUAGAAGAAAAGCCAAAGAGUUAGGAGAAGCGCUUGGUAUUGAAAAUGCACAGUUUUCGCGUGGUUGGGUCGUAUAUUUUAAGAAUCGGCACAAUCUGGUAAAACGUGUUUGCACACAAGUUGCACAGAAGUUUUCUGAGGAUAUGCUCUUAGUUGUUAGGGACUUCCUUAAAAAGGCGCGUGAAAAGACCAUGAAUAUAGAAAAAAAAUUCAUAAUUUCUUUUAACGAAACCCCGAUAUGGUUCAAUAUACCCUGUGGUUCGACACUUGAAUUUCAAGAUACCCGCAAAGUUCCAAUUAAAACUAUAGAAAGUGAUAAAUUGCGAUUUACUGUAGUUUUGGGUUAUACAGCUUCAGAAGACAAACUCCCACUUGCCAUAAUUUUUAAAUUUAAAAAGAAGCCCAGAGGCCAGCCCAAUAGAUUUUUUAAAAAUCAGGGUGUAGUUUUUGUCGACCGUCAUCGUAGUCACAUCCGUGAUAAUGUGGUUAGAGUAUUAAAUAACGAAGGUUUAGACGUUUUAGAAAUACCCGGAGGAACAACUAGUGUUUUGCAGCCACCUAAUGUUUUAGUAAACAAACCUUUCAAAAGUGGAAUGAGACAAAGGUGGGAGGAAUGGAUGGAAAAGGGAAAAAAAGAAUUUACUGCAAAAGGAAAUCGUAAAAAGGUCUCGUAUGAGCUUGCAAUCAUUGAAAAUCAUAUGAGUGAUAUUGAUAGGGAUGAAUUAUUAAAUGAAAAGAGUGUGUGUUUAGAAGAUAAAGACAAUGAAGAAAAAAAUGAAAAUAAUGAAAAUAUAAUAAAUUGA